AUGCAGUUUGUAUCCUGGGCCACACUGCUAACGCUCCUGGUGCGGGACCUGGCCGAGAUGGGGAGCCCAGACGCCGCGGCGGCCGUGCGCAAGGACAGGCUGCACCCGAGGCAAGUGAAAUUAUUAGAGACCCUGAGCGAAUACGAAAUCGCCUCUCCCAUCCGAGUGAACGCUCUCGGAGAACCCUUUCCAACGAACGUGCACUUCAAAAGAAGGCGACGGAGCAUUAACUCUGCCUCUGACCCCUGGCAUGCCUUCGCCUCCUCCUCUUCCUCCUCUACCUCCUCCCAGGCGCAUUACCGCCUCUCCGCCUUCGGCCAGCAGUUUCUAUUUAAUCUCACCGCCCAUGCCGGAUUUAUCGCUCCACAGUUCACUGUCACCCUCCUCGGGGCGCCCGGGGUGAACCAGACCAAGUUUUAUUCCGAAGAGGAAGCAGAACUCAAACACUGUUUCUACAAAGGCCAUGUCAAUACCAAGUCCGAGCACGCGGCGGUCAUCAGUCUCUGCUCGGGAAUGCUGGGCACAUUCCGGGCCCACGAUGGGGAUUAUUUUAUUGAACCACUGUUAUCCGUGGAUGAACAAGAGGACGAAGAGGAGCAAAACAAGCCCCACAUUAUUUAUAGGCGCAGCAGCCCCCAGAGGGAGCCCUCAACAGGAAGUCAUGCAUGUGACACCUCAGAGCACAGAAGCAGUCACAGUAAAGACAGGAGGAAAACCAGAACAAGGAAACGGAAAGAAAGAAGGAAUCACCUGGCCGAUGAGUUGGCAGGAUUGAACAGUGGCUUGGCCACAAAGGCGUUUUCCGCCUAUGGAAACAAGACAGACAGCAUGAGGGAAAGGAGGACACACAGAAGAACCAAACGUUUCCUAUCCUACCCACGGUUUGUAGAGGUGAUGGUGGUGGCCGACCACAGAAUGGUAUUAUACCACGGAGCAAACCUUCAGCACUAUGUUUUGACGUUGAUGUCCAUUGUAGCCUCUAUCUAUAAAGACCCAAGUAUUGGAAAUUUAAUUAAUAUUGUUAUUGUGAACUUAGUUGUGAUUCAUAAUGAACAGGAAGGACCUUCCAUAUCUUUUAAUGCCCAGACCACAUUAAAAAACUUUUGCCAGUGGCAACAUUCAAAGAACUAUCCAGGUGGGAUCCAGCAUGAUACUGCUGUGCUCGUAACCAGACAGGACAUCUGCAGAGCUCAUGACAAAUGUGACACCUUAGGUCUAGCUGAGCUGGGGACCAUUUGUGACCCCUACAGAAGCUGUUCUAUCAGUGAAGAUAACGGAUUGAGCACGGCUUUUACCAUAGCCCACGAGCUGGGUCAUGUGUUCAACAUGCCUCACGACGACAACAACAAAUGCAAAGAAGAGGGCGUCAAGAGCCCCCACCACGUCAUGGCACCCACGCUGAACUUCUACACCAACCCCUGGAUGUGGUCCAAGUGCAGCCGGAAGUACAUCACGGAGUUUUUAGACACUGGGUAUGGCGAGUGUCUGCUUAAUGAACCUGAAUCCAGACCCUACCCCCUGCCUCCCCAGCUGCCCGGCCUCCUUUACAACGUGAACAAACAAUGUGAAUUGAUCUUUGGACCAGGUUCUCAGGUGUGCCCGUACAUGCAGAUGCAGUGUCGUCGCCUGUGGUGCAAUAACGUGGACGGAGCUCACAAAGGCUGCCGGACUCAGCACACGCCCUGGGCCGACGGGACCGAGUGUGAGCCGGGAAAGCACUGCAAGUUUGGACUUUGUGUUCCCAAAGAAAUGGAGGUCCCCGUGACGGACGGAUCCUGGGGAAGUUGGAGUCACUUUGGAACCUGCUCGAGAACAUGCGGAGGGGGAAUCAAAACCGCCAUCCGAGAGUGCAACCGACCAGAGCCAAAAAAUGGUGGAAAGUACUGCGUGGGGCGUAGAAUGAAAUUUAAAUCCUGCAACACGGAGCCCUGUCUCAAGCAGAAGCGAGACUUCCGAGAUGAGCAGUGUGCGCACUUUGACGGGAAGCAUUUCAACAUCAACGGUCUUCAUCCGAACGUGCGCUGGGUCCCCAAGUACAGCGGAAUUCUGAUGAAGGACCGCUGCAAGCUAUUCUGCAGAGUGGCCGGGAACACUGCCUACUACCAGCUCCGGGACAGAGUGGUGGAUGGAACUCCUUGCAGCCAGGACACCAACGACAUCUGUGUCCAAGGCCUUUGCCGGCAAGCUGGAUGUGAUCACGUUUUGAACUCAAAAGCCCGGAGAGAUAAAUGUGGGGUUUGUGGUGGUGAUAAUUCUUCAUGCAAAACAGUGGCAGGAACAUUUAAUACUGUACAUUAUGGUUACAAUACUGUGGUCCGAAUUCCAGCUGGUGCUACCAAUAUUGAUGUACGGCAGCACAGUUUCUCAGGGAAAUCAGAAGAUGAUAACUAUUUAGCUUUAUCAAGCAGUAAAGGUGAAUUCUUGCUAAAUGGAGACUUCGUGGUCACAAUGUCCAAAAGGGAAAUCCGUAUCGGGAACGCUGUGAUUGAGUACAGCGGAUCCGACAACGUAGUGGAAAGAAUCAACUCCACAGACCGCAUCGAGCAGGAACUGCUGCUUCAGGUUCUGUCGGUGGGAAAGCUGUACAACCCCGAUGUGCGCUACUCGUUCAACAUUCCAAUCGAAGACAAGCCUCAGCAGUUUUACUGGAACAGUCAUGGACCCUGGCAAGCGUGCAGCAAGCCCUGCCAAGGGGAGCGGAAACGAAAACCCGUUUGCACCAGGGAAUCUGAUCAGCUUACUGUUUCCGAUCAAAGAUGCGAUCGGCUGCCCCAGCCAGGACCCAUCACUGAAGCCUGUGGUACAGACUGUGACUUGAGGUGGCACGUGGCUAGCAGGAGCGAAUGUAGUGCCCAGUGUGGUUUGGGUUACCGCACAUUAGACAUCUACUGCGCCAAAUACAGCAGGCUAGAUGGGAAGACCGAGAAGGUCGAUGAUAGUUUUUGCAACAGUCACCCCAAGCCAAGCAACCGGGAGAAAUGCUCAGGAGAAUGUAACACAGGCGGCUGGAGGUACUCGGCGUGGACUGAAUGUUCUAAAAGCUGCGAUGGGGGAAGCCAAAGGAGAAGGGCUAUUUGUGUCAACACCCGCAAUGAUGUCCUAGAUGACAGCAAAUGUGCCCAUCAGGAAAAAGUCACCAUUCAGAGGUGCAAUGAGUUCCCAUGUCCACAGUGGAAAUCAGGAGAGUGGUCAGAGUGCUUGGUCACCUGUGGCAAAGGGCAUAAGCAUCGCCAGGUCUGGUGUCAGUUUGAAGAUCGAUUAAACGACAGACUCUGUGACCCCGAGGCCAAGCCAGCCUCCACGCAAACUUGUCAGCAGCCGGAAUGUGCGUCCUGGCAGGCGGGUCCCUGGGGACAGUGCAGUGUCACUUGUGGACAGGGAUACCAGCUAAGGGCAGUGAAAUGCAUCAUUGGGACCUACAUGUCUGUGGUCGAUGACAACGAUUGUAAUGCAGCAACCAAGCCAACGGAUACCCAGGACUGUGAAUUCCCAUCUUGUCACCCUCCCCCGAUGGCCCCAGAAGCAAGGAGAAGCACACACAGUGUUCCAAGGACCCAGUGGCGAUUUGGAUCUUGGACGCCAUGCUCGGCCACCUGUGGAAAGGGGACCCGGAUGAGGUAUGUCAGUUGCCGGGACGAGGACGGUUCUGUGGCCGAUGAUAGCGCCUGCGCUGCCCUGCCUAAACCUGUGGCCAAGGAGGAGUGCUCGGUGACACCCUGCGGGCAGUGGAAAGCUCUGGAUUGGAGUCCUUGCUCUGUGACGUGUGGGCAAGGGAGGGCAAGCCGGCAAGUGGUCUGUGUCAACUACAGUGACCGCGCCAUCGACCCGAGCGAGUGCGACCCGGAGCACGUCCCCGAGGCCGAGCAGGACUGCGCCGCGUCGCCGUGUCCCCGGCGGACCCCGGGCCGGGGCUCCGCUCCGCACCCGUCCCAGAACCAGGACUACCGGCCCCGCGGCCCCAGCCCCGGCCGCACCCACGUGCUGGGCGGGAACCAGUGGCGCACGGGCCCCUGGGGAGCAUGUUCCAGUACCUGUGCCGGAGGGGCCCAGCGGCGUGUUGUGGUGUGUCAGGACGAAAACGGAUACACUGCCAACGACUGCGUGGAGAGAAUCAAGCCCGACGAGCAGAGAGCCUGUGAAUCCGGUCCUUGUCCCCAAUGGGCUUAUGGCAGCUGGGGAGAGUGUACGAAGCCAUGUGGUGGAGGCCUCCGGACGCGGCUGGUGGCCUGUCAGCGGUCCAACGGCGAACGGUUCCCAGACCUGAGCUGUGAAAUCCUCGAUAAGCCUCCAGAUCGUGAGCAGUGUAACACACACGCUUGUCCCCAAGAUGCCGCCUGGAGUACUGGCGCUUGGAGCUUGUGCUCUGUCUCUUGUGGUCGAGGGCAUAAACAACGAAAUGUUUACUGCAUGGCAAAAGAUGGAAGCCCUUUAGAAAGUGAUUACUGUAAACACCUUGCUAAGCCACAUGGGCACAGAAAGUGCCGAGGAGGACGAUGCCCCAAGUGGAAGGCUGGCGCUUGGAGUCAGUGCUCGGUGUCCUGUGGCCAAGGAGUGCAGCAGAGGCAUGUGAGCUGUCAGAUCGGAACGCACAAAGUAGCCCGAGAGACGGAGUGCAACCCCUACGCCAGACCCGAGUCGGAGCGCGCCUGCCACGCCCCGCCGUGUCCGCUGUACGCUUGGAGGGCCGGCCAGUGGCAAGAGCCUCCGCGUUUGUCCCCACAGUGCACCAAGACCUGCGGGGACGGCUCCCGGUACCGCCAGGUGGUCUGCGUGGACGGCGACAAGGGCGAGGUUCACAGUGCGCACUGCGCAGCCGCCCAGCGACCCGCGGACCGCGAGAGCUGCAGCCUGCAGCCCUGCGAAUACGUGUGGAUCACAGGAGAGUGGUCAGAGUGCUCGGUGACCUGCGGGAAGGGCUACAAGCAAAGGCUGGUGUCGUGCAGCGAGAUUUACACGGGGAAGGAGAACUACGAGUACGCCUACCAGACGGCCGCCAGCUGCCCCGGCCCGCAGCCGCCCAGCGUCCACCCCUGCUACCUGAGUGACUGCCCCGUCUUGGCCACCUGGAGAGUCGGCAACUGGGGCAGCUGCUCGGUGUCUUGUGGCGUCGGGGUGACGAGCAGAUCCGUGCAGUGUUUAACCAACGAGGACCAACCCAGCCACUUAUGUCCCGCUGAUCUGAAGCCAGAAGAUCGGAAAACCUGCCAUAAUAUUUAUAACUGCGAGUUACCCCAGAACUGCAAGGAGGUGAAAAGGCUCAACGGAGCCAGAGAAGACGGAGAGUACUUCCUGAUCAUCAGGGGCAAGCUGCUGAAGAUCUUCUGCGCAGGGAUGAAGUCUGACCACCCCAAGGAGUACGUGACGCUGGUUCAUGGUGACUCCGAGAAUUUCUCCGAGGUUUACGGGCACAGGUUGCACAACCCAACAGAAUGUCCCUACAACGGGAGCCGCAGAGACGACUGUCAGUGUCGGAAGGAUUAUACAGCAGCCGGGUUUUCCAGCUUCCAGAAAAUCAGGAUAGACCUGGGCAGCAUGCAGAUAAUCACCACUGACUUACAGUUCGCAAGGACGAGUGAAGGACACCCCGUGCCUUUUGCGACCGCAGGGGACUGCUACAGUGCCGCCAAGUGCCCACAGGGUCGUUUCAGCAUCAACCUUCACGGGACAGGCCUGUCUUUGACGGACUCGGCCAGGUGGACGUCGCAAGGGAACUACGCCGUCUCGGACAUCAAGAAGUCUCCGGAUGGUACCCGAGUCAUCGGGAAAUGUGGUGGUUACUGUGGAAAAUGCACUCCAUCCUCUGGUACUGGCCUGGAGGUGCAAGUUUUAUAGCUAAGGUGCUCUGAAGAGGAAGCCAUUAUGGGAUGGAUGAAGGAUAGUAAUGCAAUACCUCCACCUUAAAUUUGGGUGCCUGUAUGUGUGAGAGGACCUGUGUGCGUGUGUGUGAGUACGUGUGUGUACAUGUGUGUACAUAUGCAUAUAUAUAUAUAUAUAUAUAUAUAUGUACAGGUUGUGCAUCCCUAGUCCAAAUAUCUGAAUAUCAGAUUACGUGUAUACAAAUAUUACGAAAUCUGGAAUCUGAAAACCCUUCCGGUCCCAAGCAUUUUGGAUAAGGGAUACUCAACCUGUGGACUAUCCUGAUUGAUGUAAAGUUUAAUAUUUAUGUUUGAAAUUAUUUAUUGUGAUGUAAUAUUUUUGUACGUAAAAUGAUUUUAUUGUGACUGCCUUCACAUUAUUUUUGUCCCUUGCAGUCAGACCACUGCAUUUUACGUACUCUACGUUAUAUGUAGUACUAAGACAGAAGUGAUCCUUCCUUAUCACGGUACACUAUGGUUUACUUUUUAUCUGGACCUGUUUUGCUGUUACUUUAAAAAAAAAAAAAAAAAACAUUGUGAUUUGUGUUUUGAAACAACCCAGCUAUCAUCAAGGUG